AUGGCUUCUUGUGGAGUUAUGAAAAACAACUUUCUUGCAUUGAACAAUUGUGAUCAUCAUCAUCUUCAUCAAGGCCUUUCAUCUCCUUCUGCAGCCAAUCUUCAAAUCAAAAUCCAAAAGUUUUCUGUAAUGGCAGCAGCUGUUAAACAUCACAGUAUCGACAGUCGUGUGAAGACGGAAGGUAUAAAAGUGCGAAAGUCGCCGGAAAAUCUUAGUUUCAGCGGAGAAAAGCCAUCGACUCCUAUAUUGGACACUAUAAACUAUCCCAUUCACAUGAAGAAUCUUUCUCUUGAGGAAUUAGAAACUCUGGCCGGCGAACUAAGGGAAGAGAUUGUGUACACUGUGUCGAAAACCGGGGGGCAUUUGAGCUCAAGUUUAGGUGUAUCCGAGCUUACGGUUGCAAUUCAUCACGUGUUCGACUCGCCUGAAGAUAAAAUUAUAUGGGAUGUCGGUCACCAGGCGUACGGGCACAAAAUUUUAACGGGAAGAAGGGCUCGAAUGCAAACGAUCAGGCAAACAUCGGGCCUAUCAGGAUUCCCCAAAAGGGAAGAAAGCGUAUACGAUGCAUUUGGAGUUGGCCAUAGCUCAACAAGUAUUUCAGCUGGUUUAGGAAUGGCGGUUGGAAGGGACUUAUUGGGAAAGAAGAACCACGUGAUAUCGAUAAUCGGAGAUGGAGCAAUGACAGCUGGACAGGCAUACGAGGCGAUCAACAAUGCCGGUUAUCUCGACUCGAAUCUUAUCAUAAUCUUGAACGAUAACAACCAAGUCUCCCUCCCCACGGCCACUGUUAAUGGCCCUGCUCUGCCAGUCGGGGCUUUAAGCAAAGCCCUGAGAAAGUUACAAUCCAGCCGGAAAAUCGGUGAAGCUGCAAAAGUAACUAAUUUUACCAUAUAUUUUUCUUUCCUUUCGAUAGAAAAUAAAAUGCUAAUUUAUUCUUUCAUGAAACAGGGCAUGACAAGGAAAUUCGGAAGAAAAUCGGAGGCUAGCAUUUUCGAGCAGCUCGGGAUUUCCUACAUUGGCCCUGUGGACGGUCAUAACAUAGAAGAUCUCGUUCAUAUACUCAAAAAGGUUAAAGAUAUUCCGGCCUCAGGACCCGUUUUGAUUCACGUUAUAACCGAGAAGGGAAAAGGAUACCCUCCAGCACAAGCUGCACCCGACAAAAUGCACGGUGUGGUGAGGUUCGAUUCAAAAACCGGGAAACAGUCGAAGCCUAAAUCGAGCACGCUUUCGUACACUCAAUAUUUCGCUGAUUCUUUAAUAGCCGAAGCUAAGGAGGACCCAAAAAUAGUGGCUAUCCAUGCGGCUAUGGGAGGUGGGACCGGGCUAAAUGCUUUUGAAAAUGUUUUCCCGAAGAGAUGUUUCGAUGUGGGGAUAGCCGAGCAGCAUGCGGUGACUUUUGCUGCUGGUUUAGCGGCCGAGGGGCUCAAGCCGUUUUGCGCGAUCUACUCGUCUUUUUUGCAGAGAGGGUACGAUCAAGUGGCUCAUGAUGUGGACCUUCAGAAGCUUCCAGUGAGAUUUGUUAUGGACAGGGCAGGGCUGGUGGGUGCCGACGGGCCCACUCAUUGUGGUGCCUUCGACACGACUUUCAUGGCUUGCUUGCCGAAUAUGGUGGUUAUGGGCCCGUCUGACGAGGCCCAACUCAUGCACAUGAUUGCGACUGCUGCGAGGAUUGAUGAUCGGCCAAGCUGCAUCAGAUUCCCGAGAGGAAACGGUGUGGGAGCGCAUCUUCCAUUUAACAACAAAGGGACUCCUAUCGAGAUUGGUAAGGGGAGAGUUUUACGGGAGGGUAGUCGAGUGGCGAUAUUGGGUUUCGGAACAAUAGUACAGAGUUGUUUGGCAGCUGCUGAUAUUCUUAAGGGAGUUGGAAUGUUUGUGAGUGUGGCUGAUGCAAGAUUUUGCAAGCCUCUUGAUGGGGAUUUGAUUAGGAAGCUUGCUAAGGAGCAUGAGAUUCUCAUCACCGUUGAGGAAGGAUCUGUUGGGGGAUUUAGUGCACAUGUUUCACAUUUCUUGUGCUUGAAUGGCUUGCUUGAUGGCAAUCUUAAGUGGAGGCCCAUGGUGCUGCCUGACAGAUAUAUAGAGCAUGGGGCCCAAAGUGAACAGAUAGAGGAAGCUGGGCUGAGCCCAAAACAUAUUGCUGGCACUGUUUUGUCUCUAGUUGGUGAAGCCCAGGAUAGUUUCCACUUGCUCAAUUUGUAA